AAGCUACAUUCUGUUUACAAAGAAAGACACUAUACAGCUAUGAAAAGACGCAUUCGGUUUUGCGCAACUAUACGAUGACGAUUCCUUGAAACCGCGUCAAAAUCAUGACCUGGUGGAUGAAGCGCAGUUUUCUCGAUUUCCUCUACUCAAGUCCCGUACUUCUCAACUGAAAUGAUCGUACGAAAAUGGACUCUCUUUACGCUCUUCUUAUUUUUCCGGUGGUUCCGAAUGAUCGCUGUCCAUGAACAAAUAGGAGAUGGAUGUGGUCACACCAUUCUGAGAACCCAUAGUGGCACCCUAACCUCUCUCAACUUUCCUGGCACGUAUCCCAACAACACACACUGUGAAUGGCAGUUGUCAGCCCCAGAUGGCCUGGGCUUCAUCCUCAAAUUCGGGGACUUUGACUUGGAAUAUUCUCCAAACUGCACCAAUGGCUCUCUAUGGAUUGUGAUGACUGGGAACAACAGAAAUACCCUGGGUCCUUUCUGUGGGACUAUGCACAUGAUCCAGCAGAAGAUGAUACUAAACUCCAGCGAAGUGACCAUUCGUUUCUCAAGUGGCUACCAUCGGUCUGGGAGGGGAUUCCUCAUCUCUUAUGCCACUGACAGACAUCAUGAUUUGAUAUCCUGUAUGGAACGUGGCAGCCAUCUGCAUGAGCAGCAUUUUAGCGCUUACUGCCCGGCUGGCUGUGGGAACGUCAGUGGUGAUGUGUGGGGGACGCCGAAUCCAGGAUACCGCGACACUUCGGUGUUGUGCAAAGCUGCCAUCCACGCAGGAGUGAUCUCGGAUGAGCUAGGCGGUUAUAUCUCCCUGACCCGAGAGCGUAGCCUUACUCAUUAUGAGUCUGCACUUGCCAAUGGAAUUCUGUCCAAAACGGGUUCACUCUCUGAAAAACGACUCAUCAUCAACAGAGAGUGUACAGAAACUCUUCCUGUGAUUCACUUCAAUGCCUCAUCUGUUUGGACGGAGGUGGACAACUUAGGAAACUAUGUGACUUGGUUCCCAGAGAAUGCUGACCCAGGCACCCAGGGUCCUCCGUGGGCAGCAGAAAGUACAGAUAAACUCGUGCAACUUGAUAUCGAUCUGGGAGAGAAAAAAAAUGUAACAGGCAUCAUCACCCAAGGGUCAGGAGACAGCCAUUACUUCUAUGUAACCAGAUAUAAGAUCUUCUGGAGCAAAGACAGAAGAAACUGGAAGGUCUACAAAAGCAGUGGCAACAAAGAGGAAAAGGUCUUUGAAGGAAACACUGAUGCUGAGCAGACAGUCAGGAACAAUUUCUAUCCACCCAUCCUGACACGGUAUCUUCUCAUCCAGCCUCAGAAAUGGCACAACCGGGCAGCCCUUCGCAUUCACGUGCUAGGGUGCUCUGCCCUUAAAAGCAGGUCAACACGCCCUUCAGUGUCCAAUGGCUCUGGAGUGGUAUCUACUACUGUUACAAAGCUAGACGCUGCACCUUCCACUGACGGCUCCUUCAUAGUAAAGAAUAUAGACAGAGAAUUGUCCAACAACCCUGAGGUGGCUGCACCUACUGAUGGAAACCGAGACGUCGUGUCCAUCACAGAUGGCCCAAUCAUAAUAAGGAAUACAGAUGAAUCGCCCAGUUUGAUGCUGAUUCUAAUUGUGGUGGGUUUGUUGGUUAGCCUGUGCGCAUCAGCCCUGUUGGUGUGGGUCUGCAGGAAGAAGAGGCAAAAUGGAAAGGAAUUUCAAUGUCCCCUGCAAAGAGGAAUUAAGGUCUCAAAUGGAAAAUCGUCAAGCUUUUGCUGUGAAAAUCGACCCCAUUUAGAGUCAGAGUUGACACCCUACUCCAUUGAAAGGAUCGGACCAAGUGAUUAUAUGGAAACCCCCCAGACAGUGUAUGCAGAGGCCGAUGUAAUUCCCGGUGGGCAGAAAGCCAGCUCUACUUUUCGGCCUACUGUUGAAGACGGCUACACCAUCCCAAUGAUCCUCAACCACUAUGAUACUCCUGGAAAGUUUCAUGAAUAUGCUGAACCUCUGAUGCCUGAGCCGGAGUAUGCCACCCCUUUCAGUGAACAGUUUCAGGACCCCGGCAGUGGAGAAGCAAAAAGGGGAACUUCCACGAUUAAAAUAGCACCCCCGUGCUCCAGUGCAUUGACUGGAGGUACAAGUAACAGUAUUGCACAACAGUACGACUUCCCCAUUCAAAGAUUGGAGUGUGUAGGAGAACAGGUGGACUAUAAUGUGCCCCAGGCCUCUGGGGGCACAGCCAGAAAGGCUAGUGUGAUUUAUGCAGAGCCACAGGCAGAAUCUCAGUGGCAGAGGACCAUGGACCCUGCAGAGCACAUGUACCAUGUGCUUUUGUGAGACUUUAGUUGUAGGCAUGUUAAAGAACCUUCAAAGGAUCUGGAGUCCAGUCAUAAUCUUCUAUUCCCUAUUUCUGGACAGAAGACUUUGCAGCUCAACAACACGUCUAAUGAUUAAUGACUCGGGUGUACAUUUGCCCUAUGGUGCACAUUUCACAGAAUGAUGGGCUGCCUGCCUUCAUAUUUGCCCAGAAAGGGCAAAGCUACUUGAAGUUUUAUCAGCAUCAACUCAGAUGCAGCAUCAACUCAGCUCAUCCAGAUUUUAGCCCUCUGGAUACAAUUAUAUGUGAAAGAGAGAAAAUAAAAAAGAGCACUUUAGUGCAAGUGGAUUUGGA